UCAAACUCAGACAGGGGUGUCAUUGAGAGGUGAAAUGGCGCAGAAAGGAGUUCAGCUGAACCGGGAAACUUUCUCUUGUUCCAUCUGUCUGGAUCUACUGAAGGAGCCGGUGACUAUUCCCUGUGGACACAGCUACUGCAUGAACUGUAUUCAAGAGUUCUGGGAUGAAGAGGAUCGUAAGUACAUCCACAGCUGCCCUCAGUGCAGGCAAACCUUUAGACCGAGGCCUGUCCUGCUGAAAAACACCAUGUUGGCAGAUUUGGUGGAGAAACUGAAGAAGACUGGACUCCAAGCUGCUCCUGCCGAUCACUGCUCUGCUGGACCUAGAGAUGUGGCCUGUGAUGUCUGCACUGGGAGAAAACGGAGAGCCCUCAAGUCCUGUCUGGUGUGUCUGGUGUCUUUCUGCGAGGAACACCUUCAGCCUCAUUACGAAUCCCCUGCGUUUGAAAAACACAAGCUGGUGGAGCCGUCAAAGAAGCUCCAGGAGAACAUCUGCUCUCGUCAUGAUGAGGUGAUGAAGAUUUUCUGCCGUACUGAUCAGCAGUGUAUCUGUUCUCUCUGCUUAAUGGAUGAACAUAAAGGCCACGACACAGUCUCAGCUGCGGCAGAAAGGACUGAGAGGCAGAACAAGCUCGAGGGGAGUCGACUGAAUAUCCAGCAGAGAAUCCAGGACAGAGAGAAAGAUGUGAAGCUGCUUCAACAGCAGUCGGAGGCCAUUAAUCGCUCUGCUGAUAAAGCAGUGGAGGACAGCGAGAAGAUCUUCACUGAGCUGAUCCGUCUCAUGGAGAAAAGACGCUCUGAUGUGAAGCAGCAGGUUAGAUCCCAGCAGCAAAGUGAAGUGAGUCGAGUCAGAGAGCUUCAGGAGAAGCUGGAGCAGGAGAUCACUGAGCUGAAGAGGAAAGACACCGAGCUGAAGGAGCUCUCGCACACAGAGGAUCACAACCAGUUUCUACACAACUACCCCUCACUGUCACCACUCAGCCAAUCUACAUCCAGCAUCCAUAUCCGUCCUCGGCGCUACUUUAUGGACGUGACAGCGGCUGUGUCAGAAGUCCGAGAUAAACUACAGCACAUUUUAAAUGAGAAACGGACGAACGUCUCACUGACAGGGACUGAAGUGCAUGUUUUAACCACAAAUCCACAACCAGAGCCCAAGACCAGAGCUGAAUUCUUAAAAUAUUCACGUGACAUCACACUGGAUCCAAACACAGCAAACCCACAGCUGUUAUUAUCUGAGGGCAACAGAAAAGCAACAGUAAUGAGAGAACAGCAGCCUUAUUCUAGUCACCCAGACAGAUUCACUGGAUGCCAUCAGGUCCUGAGUAGAGAGAGUCUGACUGGACGUUGUUACUGGGAGUGGGAGUGGAGAGGGAGAGGAGUUGACAUAGCGGUCGCAUACAAGAACAUCAGCAGAGCAGGGAGGCCGAAUGAAUGUGGAUUUGGAUUCAAUGACAAAUCUUGGGCGCUAGAGUGUCAGAGUAACGCUUUUAUCUUUCGCUACAACAAAGUCCACACUCGCGUCUCAGGUCCGGAGUCCUCCAGAGUAGGAGUGUACCUGGAUCACAGUGCAGGUGUUCUGUCCUUCUACAGCGUCUCUGAAACCAUGACUCUCCUCCACAGAGUCCAGACCACAUUCACUCAGCCACUCUAUGCUGGACUUGGGCCUUAUCCUGUUGGAGCCACUGCUGACUUGUGUAAACUCAAAUAGAGAGUUAAACACUGUGUUUUAAUGCUUGUGUUGUCUUCCUUCGACCAUGCAACUUAGUUUUUCUAGGUCAAAAUUUAAAAUGAAAACUUUUUUUUCAACGUUUUGGUCGUCUUUUUCGGCACUUUUGUGGCUUUUCCCGAUGUUUCUGUCACUUCUUUUCAACAUUUUUGUCGACUUCUUCUGUGCCUUUUUAAAGUUUGCAUGGGUUUUUUC